GUUCAAACACCCAGUGUUUUUCACUAAUGUUCGCCACUUUGUAAGUGUCGCCCCGCCCCGAGUGAUAUCGCGUUACAGCUCCGUGUGAAUCUCCCGGCCAAAGCCGGCGAUCAACAAUUACAUCCGGUCUGUCUCUGCCGCUGGGUGAUCCCGAUCGUUUCUAAAUUGGAUGAACGUUGCGUUGGUGACGCACAACAGGUCACCGGUAGACAAUGGUCGAUUUGUGCUAGGAAAAUUGCGUGCAGUUUUUCUCCAGCAGCCGGCGGUGUGGUGAUGAAUAAUGCCGGCUUGUGAGAAUUUCGAUACCCGGGCGUGGGAGAUGCUACGCACUCGAUAAGGCGCGCAUUACAGUGUCAGGUAGUUGGUGAUCGAUAAGCGACGACGCGACGUGAACUCAGAGAACUGGAUCAUUGUGGAUGCAAACGAUCGACGAUUCACCCGUUUGAGGAAACUAAUUAGCAGUGUGUUCCACAGUUGUGAGGGAGGCUGGAGCACGUUCGAUAUCUGGUGGAGUUCAUUAAAAUUAGUAGCACUUAAAUAGGCUGCAGCUAUGGUGGGAUGAGGUCAGUCUGUGUUUGACGAUCAGUGGCUGCUGGAUAAGGUUUGUGAAACUGGAGGCUGUUGAGUGAAAAGUGAUCUUGAAAGCUUGUUGAAAACUGAGAAUUCCAAGUGUUUGAAUACUGUUCUGAUUGAUUUCAGAAUAAAAGAACGUAAUGAUGAAUUCCAAACAAGUGAUUUUGAGCCUUGGACUGUUGUUGGUAGUGGUGGGACUGAGUGGUGUUCAAGGAGCAGCUCUUCGUGAGAAAAGGCAGCUGAACUCACUGUUGACGCUGAGCGGGGAGGCUAACGCCAGGAUCGAGAACGGAACCAUCUUCUGCGACACCCUCAAGUGCCCGCCGGAGUCCUUCAAGUGCAUCAUCGUCAAGAACAACACCCGGGAAAACCUGAACCAGGUGGAGAUAACCCGAGAAUGUUUGGACCCGGCCGGUAAGCCGACGGCCAAGACGAUCGAGCGGGAAGCCAACCAGUUCCCGGGUACACACUUCGAGAGCUACGCGGAAAUCGACAAGAACGGUAACAUCGCUUCGUUCGACAACCGAGGCAACUCGUACAACCAUUCGGGCAGCGGAGAUCUGCACUCGUACCUGUACAAACAGAUCGACGAACUGCACAAGCAAAUCCUGGACCAGCUGCAGGGAGUGUCGUCUUCCUAUCGGAUUCCUUAGGGGCGAUGUUUGGGGAUGAAUAUUGAAAGAUAAGACGUCGAAUGUUCGAAACGCGAUCGUUCGUCCAUUCGACGUUUUGUCUUUUGAUUCCUUGUCAUAGAUCACGUGGAUGCAGUGGAGUCACCAACUUCACGUUUAUGUUUAAUUAGAUAGUAAUUCGAUAUGAGAGCCAAAUUCUGAUCUUAGUAAGAAUUUUCCAAUUCAUUCGAGAAAUAAACGAGUGCGAGAGCAGAUCGUGGGAACUUUUCUCACGCCAACGGUGAGAUAGCGAUCAGCGAGGUGGGAAUUCCGGAACGAUGCGAUGCCCUCCACAAUGGGGCCGAGACCGAGACGCUGCUGGAGAGAUGUGCGUUGAUAGGUCCGUCAAAAUUGUAUCGCCGCAAAACGCUGAUUAAUGAACAAGUGGUGUUUUUUGCGUUAAUUGGAUUUGUUCGCGUUAGCGGAGUCAGUCGCUCUCGAAUCACGUGGAUCGGUUUGUUGUAAAUUUAUGAAUGUGAUAUGUAGAUAAAUAAAACUGUUAUUACCGGA